AUGUCUUUAGAUGUGAACAUUAGUGAACCCGAUGAGUUUAACUGUGAAGAACUACAUGAAAGUAUCAAAGUUGUAGCUGCACUGAGAGGUAUUCAAGAUUUCGUCUAUCACGUUGACUAUAUCUGCGGAAAAGGUGACAACUUUAUAGCCAAUAUAUUUAGAGUGUCCGUAAAAGAAGCGAACAGUGAGAACAACACAGUUGGUGUUAUAGUAAAAACGUUAGUAAAUACAACGAGACAAGAACUAUUUCACGAAUUACACAAAAAGGAGGUUGAGUUUUAUCGCGUAGUGAUCUCCAAAUUUAAUGAGAUCCAAGAAACUCUGGCUGAAGCAGCGAAAUUGAUUUUACCUAGGUGUCUUUAUUGGAAGAUAGAAAAAUCGAAUGAAGUAUUGAUUUUGGAAGAUAUGUUGCUCUAUGGAUUCGUUCUCGACUCCAAGCCUAAACAUGAAGUAUUAGACUUCGAACAGUGUUCUCUGGUAAUAAGUGAACUAGCAAAGUUUCACGCUUUGUCCUUCGUAUGUGGCGAGAGAGAAAAAGAAAGUUUUUCGAAAAUCAAAAGUGAUUUCUCCGAUAUUAUUUACCAGGAUCACUUUCUUGAUAAAAGUAAAUUGAAGAACUAUUUCUUAGAGUCGUUUGAUAUGUCUUUGAGUGUUGUUACUGAUGUAAAGGCUCACAAGGUUCUGGAGGAGAUUAAGCCUAGCAUUUUGAAAAUUCUUCAGUGUUUCAGCAAAGCAAGCAAAACCAAUGUUUUGUGUCAUGGUGAUUGCUGGAUCAAUAAUAUACUGUUUAAGUAUGAGGAACGCAAGCCGGCAAGAGUCUGCUUCAUUGAUUUCCAAGCAGUCCGCUACGCCAAUCCAGUGACAGACAUAAUGUAUUUCAUAUACCUCUGUACAGAUUCUAAAUUUAGAUCUGACAAUUUCGAGAGACUCCUCAAGAUCUACUAUGACAGCCUGAAAUCAUUCUUAAGUCUAUACGAAAUAGAUGCUGAUAUCGCAUAUCCAGAGGUAGAAUUCAAAAGUGACGUAAAUGAUCAUUUGAUAUUUGGCCUGUUAAUAUCAAUGAUAGAUCUUAGAAUUAUAAUAAUGACCCCUGAACACGAAGCAAUAUUGAAAGGUUCAAAUAUUGUUGAUGGUUCAAAUACUGGUGAGGUUCCAGGUGAAAUGGAUUAUUUUAAAAUUAGAGUCAAUGAUGUUGUGGAUGAAGCUAUAUCGAAUGGUAGCUUGAUGAAAUUGUCGGACAAGAUUAACAAUUUACUAUAG